CCUCCCUCUCUCUCUAUCUACCUCCCUCUCUUGGUCUGCCUCUCUCUCCCUCUCUCUCUCCCCUGCUCUCCCUCCCUCCCUCUCUCUCUCUCCCCUGUUCUCUCUCUCUCCCCCCCUCUAAGCGGUGAAGCCAGGCAGCAUGCCAGCCGUUCUGCUGCUGCUGCGCUCCCUGGUCGUCAGGCUGCUCAGUAGCAAGCUCGCGGCCUCGGCGGCACAGUCCCUGCGCAGGAGCCUCUCGGCAGCCGCGUCCCAACUCGGCACGGUGCUGCGUAACGUCUGGGACCGGCUGCGCUCGCAGGAGUCCCGCGAAGCCAUCCUCGGCUGCGUACUCUGCAUUCUCAACUUGCACAAGAAGGUGGACAACUGA